UCUGAUGAACAUGAAUUCCGCGAUGAAGAGCCUAACAUUAUGUGUGUUUUCAGCGCAGCUCCUCAAAUUGUUGGCGGCUCUUUGGCCACCCUUGGGCAGUUUCCAUGGUACGGUUUACUCCGUGUUUACGAUGGUGUAACUGGGGAUAGUGCGGGGAUGUGUGGAAGCUCACUGAUUUCAAGCACAUGGGCAUUGACUGCUGGUCACUGCGUUCCUUGGGAAAUUGCAACGAAGAAAUUUGAUCUUAUUGUUGAUUUUGGAACAAUUGUGCAUUAUCCGACAUCCACUGGAUCGGCUACAAGGACGGUUACUCCUUACCGGCAUGAGGAAUUCGUAUCAUCCUCUGCUUAUAAUGACAUAGCACUUUUGAAAUUGGAAUCAGCUGUCACCUUUACUGACCAUAUCAAGGCGAUUGCACUUCCAUCAGCAUCGGUAUCUACUGAUCCUGGAACAACUGUCACUGUCAGUGGCUUUGGUUGGGUAUCAGAUAUCACUCAGUUAACAAGUAACGACUUGAAGUAUGCUACGAUACUAAUUAUUCCUAACGAAAACUGCACCGCCGAGUACAAAAAUGCAGAUAAACCAUUUGAGCCAGCAAAUAUGAUUUGUGCCAGAGCACCUCUUAAUGAUCAAGCCCAUUGCGAGGGAGACAGCGGUGGCGCAUUAGUGUUAAAUGCUGCAUCAAGUAGUGCAACACAAAUUGGCAUUGUGUCUUAUGCAGGAGUUACUUGCAUUGGGACCUCAUCCGUCUAUACCAGAGUCACUUCAUACACAACCUGGAUUUCAAAGACAAUGGCGCAAGUCGAUAGAACCACGACAACUGCUAAAACCACCACCACCAAAAAGAUCAUCACUAAAAAGACGACUACUAAAAAGACCACGCCUACCAGAAGGCCAUCCGUUCCUAAAUGCUCUACAGGAUAUUAUAAAUAUAUGAAGACAUGUUGCUCGCCUGCACCAAAGGACCUGGUUCCAUCCAUCAGAGGAUAUAAAACUUGUGCAAACAGCAAUGGAUUUGUAGCAUUCAAUAUUUUUGAUCUGAACAAUAUUCAGGACGUGAAGACCAACAUCAUUGACAUCAGCAAUGCUCAAAAACUUUUAAAAGUUGUUUCAAAAGAGGGUAGUUUUGUUUCUUGCUUCCUUAAUGGAAAUGGAGUGUAUGUGGCAGGAGAAAUAGAUACUGGUGCUUUGACAACACUACUGACAAAAAAUCAAGAUGUAAAUGGUCCCUGGAUUAACAUAAUUGCAGGGGCAGUAUCAAACUGCACCGAUAUCAUUUCUUUGUACAGUAUUCCAUCCCAAGUCACCUACAAUAAGGUUACUUUUGACGUUAGAGGUUACUUAAUGGUGCAAUGUGUGCUGUUCUCAACUAUUGAAGCAUGCCCAAAGCGAGUGACCGGAAGUUCGUGCUCAAAAGACUACACUCUCUUUGAUAAUUGCAAAGGUUACUUCUUUAUGGCAUAGAGAACGCAAAUGGAGCAGUUGCAUUGGAAUGUCAAGAUCAAGUGACUCUAAUUGUGUAUUUUUGAUAAAAUGAGCCAAAGGCAA